AUGCUGCACGCAGUGAUUCCUGUGAAGUUUGAUCCAUCGAGUGAACACCAUCACAUUUUCUACGUCAAAGAACACAGAGUACGAGACUCCAAUGAAGAGAAGCCAGUUGGUCGUACACUUUUCCUCUUGAAUGUCCCCAUGUUUUGUCAAGAGGUGAGCCAUAAAUAUCUGAGGGCAUUAUUUGAAGAUAGCGGCGAGAUCUCAAAUGUUUAUCUGCAGGAAAAACCCAGUUCAGGUCCUGCUCCCAAUCAAGAAUCAGGCUGUUUCCAACAACCUCCCCUUCCUGGAUUCAAGGUGGCUUAUGUGGUCUUCAAAGUCAGGAAAGGAUUACUGAAGGCAUUAAACAAGAAAUACAAGAAACCCAAAUGCAUAGCCCCAAAGAAUGACAUCAUCCCUCUUGGAGUCCAAAAAUGGUGCAAACAGUACAAUGAGAGGCUUUGUGGAGAGGAGGAGCUGGAGAAGGAAGUGAAUACUUUCAUGGAAGCAUUUGAGAAAAGAGAGGCUGAGAGGAUCAAGCAGGAGAGGGAGGCUGCUUCUAAGCCAGAUGAGGAAGGUUGGAUCACCGUGUCUCACAGGGGUAGGAAACCUGGGGCUGUGAGAAGUGAAGCUUUUGUGAAGAAGAUCCACGAAAAGGAAAAGGUGAAGCGGACACGCAAAGAACUUCUCAACUUCUACACUUUCCAAAUUAGGGAAUCCAAGAUGAAUGAGGUGGCACGUUUGAAGGAGAAGUUUGAGGAGGACAAGAAAAGGAUUGAGACCAUGAGGAAGGCCAGGAAAUUCAAACCAUUCUGA